CUUUGUUCGGCGGGAGGCGGCGGCGCGCCGCCCCACCGCUUUGUCCGCCCUGCCGGCGGGAGCCGCUCGUCCCGGUGCGCCGAUUUGAGUCAACUGCCUGGUCAGGAUGAGCUGGAGUUUCCUGACGCGGCUCCUGGAGGAGAUCAACAACCACUCGACCUUCGUGGGCAAGAUCUGGCUGACCGUCCUCAUUGUCUUCCGCAUUGUGCUGACGGCCGUGGGGGGAGAGUCCAUCUACUACGACGAGCAGAGCAAGUUUGUGUGCAACACGCAGCAGCCGGGCUGUGAGAACGUCUGCUACGACGCCUUCGCGCCCCUGUCCCACGUGCGCUUCUGGAUCUUCCAGAUCAUCAUGGUGGCGACGCCGUCGUGGCCCACGAGAAGGGGACCGCCGCCUGCGACAGGACCACGGGGCUGUGAGUGUCGCCAGGGAUGACAGCGGUGUCUGCUGGAGUGGCUGCCACUGCCACGGUGGGAUAGGCGUCCUGCCAGGAGCACAGGGCAAAGGAUGCCACACGCCUGCCCAGCGGGGCAGUCUGGGCAGCCCUGUCCUGGUGGGCAGCACAGGGGUCGGGGGCCAUGGGGUUCAUUCCUACUUAAUUUUCAAAAAGGGAAUAUCUUAUUUUUGUACGUUUUUAUAAACUCAUCAACAUGUGCACCCUGGCAUUUUUAUACUCCAUCCCAAUCUCCACUCUGGGCCUGUGCCCCCCCAUCUCCUGUUUCACCCACUUUUCCUCCUCCCACACCCAUUUUCCCCAGCAUGUUGUUUUCACACCUCGCCAUGCCCCCCAUGCCCUCUGCCACCCGUGGCAGCACUGGCUGGUGCUGUGCAUGUGCCGGUGAUUUUGGUACUGCUCCCUGAGGUGUGGGGGACUUAGGGGAGCAAGCUGGGGGUCUGGCUGGCUGGGCCAAGCUGUGGGACAGAGGGCUGGGCUGGCAUUACUUUUGGAGGUGGUGAGAGAGGUCCUGGUGGCACUGCAGUGCCAGAAAGUGACUUUGUACCUUGGGGGGCCGUGCUGCGCAGCAUCCUGGCACGGGGCUGUGAGUUGCGUGGCUGGCCUGCUUGGAAAUGUCUGUGCAGAGGUCAGGGGCUGUUGUUCCCACUGCCUCCGCCCUGUCCUGGCAGGCCGCCCUCGGACCAAAACUGUCUCCUCCCACUCUGGCUGCAGGGCUGGGACCCCCUGCACAGAGCCAGACCCUGGCCUCACAGUGGGGACGUGGUGCCCCGAGCUGGGCUCGGCCGGGAGCCAGUGGAGCAUUCCUCAUCAUCUCAGCCUGGGUCACAUGGGGACUUUUGUAGCGUUGUUUUUUACUCGGAAAUGAUUGUCACUCUGUUUUUCUUUUUUUUUUUAAUAUCUAUAUUAGUAAAGGCUGAAGACGUUUUGUACCGAA